GCGCUGCCCGCUGCUGCUGCUGCCCGCGGAGCUCCUGGUGGCCGCGUGCUCCCGCUUCGCGGACGCCGCGCAGCCGGUCGGAAGGCUGGCGUGCGCUGCGCGCGGGGCCCGCGCCGGGCUCGUGGACGGCUGCGGCCGGCUGCGGGUCGGCUCCGUCGUCACGUGCCGCCUGCGGAGCGUGGUCGAUGGGCUGCCGCGCGUGAGCCUGCAGGAGCUUGAGAACCUUCGCGUCGACCUGUCUCUCGAGUGCCGGGAGUGCCUGUGCCCAGGGGAGGUCGAGGAGGCUAUCCAGACGCUCGGCCGGUGCAUCGCCGGCGCCACCGCGCUGCGGACUCUGGCUCUGCGGCUUGCCUCCUUCGACGUGUCCAUGGUGAGACUGCGCCUGAGCGGCGCGUCCUGGGAGGCGCUGGUCCUGGGCUUGGAGGCGCUGGCGCGGUACCAGCGGCUGCGGUCGCUGGAGUUAAGCUCCAUUGCCAUCAAGGCUUCGCAGCUGACCAAGGAGGUGGGCGGCGGGGCCAAGGCGCCCCUCGAGGAGUGCACGGCGCCCCAGGCGGAGGGCAGCCCGGCGCGAGUGCUCCGGCGUGCGGCCUCGUCGCCGACGCGAGGAGCUGGCGCCGCGGCGGCCGCCGCCGCCCGCGGCGCGGCCACCCACGGCCAGGUGACGCUGCUUGGCGCGCUGGGGCGGCUGUCCAGCUUGGAGGAGCUCGUGCUGGCCUACGACGAGAUCUUUG